CUUCUAGAGGGACCUCAGCUCCCUGCUGGGGGAUGAGUUCAGAGCCAGGGCCUGGCAGGCCUUUCGGGUGCCCAGCCAAUGAGGACGCAAUCUCCAGUGUUUCUGAUUGCAUCACAGGUGACAGACCCCAGACCAGCAAGGUUGCUGCACAAGCAAGCGCCAUGCAGCCCAGAACCCUGAAACCGCCCCACCUUGCUUUGGGGCCACUGCACAGCCACCUGGCCCUAGGCCCCUGGGAUGCAGUCAGCGAUGCAGAGGACACGCGGGAAGGAGCCCCUCCACCUAGAAGGACAGACCAGAUGAGAGUGCAGAUCAGGCAUCAUCGUGACAGCUCUCAACGCCUUCACCGCGACCACAAGCCAGGCUUCCCCGAUCUGCCAGGCUCAGGUGGAGAUGCAGCAGGACAGGUAUAUCCGCACCAUGUACCUGGGGAUUCAGAGCCAGCGGCAGAAGGAACACCAGCGACGCUUCUACUGGGCUAUGAUGUACGAAUAUGCAGACGUCAACAUGCUGCGCCUCCUGGAGACCUUCCUGGAAAGCGCCCCCCAACUGGUGCUACAGCUCUGCAUAAUGAUCCAGAAGAGCCGCGCCGAGACGCUGCCCUGUGUCUCCUCUGUGACUUCCCUGAUGUCCCUGGCUUGGGUGCUAGCCUCCUAUCACAAGCUGCUGCGGGACUCCAGGGACGACAAGAAGAGCAUGAGCUACAGAGGGGCCCUCAUCCACCUCUUCUGGCGCCUCUUCACCAUCUCAUCCAGAGUUAUCUCUUUUGCCCUCUUUGCUUCCAUCUUCCAGCUCUACUUCGGGAUCUUCGUGGUGGUCCACUGGUGCGCCAUGGCCUUCUGGAUCAUCCAUGGCGGAACAGACUUCUGCAUGUCCAAGUGGGAGGAGAUCCUCUUCAACAUGGUGGUAGGGAUUGUGUACAUUUUCUGCUGGUUUAACGUCAAGGAAGGGCGGACUCGAUACCGAAUGUUUGCCUAUUACACGAUAGUCUUGACCGAGAAUGCUGCCUUGACGUUCCUUUGGUAUUUUUACAGAAACCCAGAGACCACUGACUACUAUGCGGUGCCAGCACUGUGUUGUGUCUUUAUUAGCUUCGUGGCUGGGAUCGCACUGAUGCUCUUAUAUUAUGGUGUGCUGCAUCCCAUGGGGCCGCGAAUUAAGAUCUUGGCCAGCUCCUGUUGUGCCGAGCUGCUCUGGGGCAUCCCUUUGCCCCCCGAUGUUGAGCCCAUGGCGCCUCAGACCCCUGGGUACCGGGGGACCCAGGUCACGCCUACCAGAGCCGUAACGGAACAACAGGAGGAUCUCACGGCUGACACUUGCUUGCCCGUGUUCCAAGUGAGACCCAUGGGGCCCCCUACCCCGACGGGGCGUCCUUACCUCCCAGAAGGGCCCCUCAUUAAGAUUGACAUGCCAAGAAAGAGAUACCCAGCUUGGGAUGCUCAUUUUGUAGACAGGAGGUUGAGAAGGACUAUUAAUAUUCUGCAGUAUGUCACACCCACCGCGGUGGGCAUCCGGUAUCGGGAUGGACCGCUCCUUUAUGAGCUGCUACAGUAUGAGUCUUCACUCUGAGAGCAUCCUGACCCACGUUGAGAAGGGGACCUGAAGUUUGGUUUGCGGUAAAGCCGCCUGCAAGAAAUAUAACCCUCCCUUCCCCCAAACACAGAACCACCACACCACCACCACACCACCACCAAUGCUCCAAAAAAAAAAGAAAAUAAUAAGUCACAACCCCUUCAGAUAAGCUUUCUUUCCAGUCGCUGUAUGUAUACAAAGAUAUUCUCUAUGUUUUGUAAGUAAAAACAAAAAGAGAACCUUUCUUUUGUUUUUUACACAUAAGUAACAGUAUUGAAAAAAAAAUCCCACACUAUGGUUUAUAGGGUGGAGAAGGAGCAGUUGUCUCCACUCCAAAAGAAAAAAAAAAACAAAGUUUUAUACCUUACACCAAGUGUAGAUCAUUUCCGGGAUUGGUGCUGAUUGAAAGAACAAAACAAAACAAAACAAACAAACAAAACCUUCAACUGCCUUAUGCCCUUAGGUGCUGAGUUUCAUUAAGUACUGUUACGUUUCCUCAUGCAAAACUCUCUGGUGGUUUUUUGCACCGAGAGAGGGAAAAUUAAACAAUCAAAUGAAACCAAUCUAGAAACGAAACAAAAAAAACCAACCAAUGGGUAAAACUCAAAGCAAUCAUUCUUCCUAUCUGAUUAUUUGUAUUGAAGAAAACAAAUUGACCAAAAGCAAAAGCAUUGAAACCCCUCCCUCUUUUUGCUUUCUCUUCCUCUCCUCCUGUCCCUGCCCCCAACUUCUCAGCCCCUUCUAGGAGCCAAAAGGCCAUUUGAAACUCAGAUGGUUGGCAGAGCUCCUUGAAGGCCAACUAGGUGCCAUUUCAGUGUUCACCUAGUAAGAAUCACAUCUGUUUCCUGGUGAAAAGCAAAACAGAAAAAAAACAAAAUAAAACAAAAGCCACCCUAAUAAUUCGAUAAGAAUAGGAAAUUCUAAAGCAAAUUAAAGGAGAUUUCCAUAUACAUCAUCAAAGAGAAUCAGUAAUAAUAAAACUCAGCAUAGUAGCAAAAAGAAUGACAUCAAUUUAAAGGCACAAUACUUAAUCAGUGACUGGCAAAAAUGAUCUGUUCUGUCAUUUUAAGGCCGUGAAAGGUAUACAUUUAUCACAUGUGAUAUUGGGUAAGGCCUCUUCUGUUUCCAUUUGGUGGGAAGCCUUAAAUUGAUCUGGAAAGAAUUCAUUUUUUCAUUUGUGCUUUUUAAAAAUAGUUAACACAAAGAGGAAAAUUAGAACAUAAAAAAAAAA